AUGGCGGUCUCUUUCACUUCUGAACCAUCAUAUUGGACCCACAAAAGCUCACAAGGUUAUUUCUUAGAAGAUGUUCCAGGCACUAAAGCGACUUUGAUUGGAAUCAUAAAAUCAACGUGGGAUCCUAGAGUGGUUGGAGCGGGACAGGAUGCAGCCAAGCUAAAACAUUCAGGGGUUGAGAUCAUUGAGGUAAAGAGAGUAGAAAACGCCUCCUUGUUUCAUUCAUACAACAAUAAAAAACAUGAAUUUGAGAAGAGAGGACGACCGUGUCCAGCUAUUGAAAACAUCCCCCAGGAACUAGCAGCCUUUAAUAAAACGCGCAGAAGUCAAGCUGUGAAUGAGUACUACCUAUUCCAUGGCACGGAUGAAGCCAUCAACAUCUCUAAGACAGGGUUUCAAACACGCUUCGCUGAUCCUGACAACCUGUUUGGGAAGGGGAUAUAUUUCUCCGACAGUUUUCAAAAGGCGGACCAGUACACGGAUGCUGAUAAUUUGAAACGCCUACCGUGCCUGCUGCAUAGAGGUUCGUGUGCCUGUGGACCCCAGCAACAAAGAUUUGACUCUGUCGAAAGUGCUGGUCUUCUGUUCCGAGAAUUCGCUGUGUUUGAGGGGAGGCAAUGCUAUCCAGAAUACAUUGUAACAUACAAACGAACCGGAAUACAAUCAUGG